CCCUGUCUUCCGUGCCCUUAUCGCACAUCGCUCCAUGUGAGAACUCGGAACCUUCCUACCCCAUCACAAGCCCCCCCAAAAAAGCCCAAUCCUGAAGCCCCCCCAACGAAUAGCUCGUUAGUCAACCCUCCGUCUGCCGUUCGUACCCGUUGCAACUGCUGCCCAGCCUUCCCCCCCAGCAGCUACGGUACUCCAAAGUAAAACCUACAUCUUCUGCUGUCGGCUCUGUCGCCCCUCCCCCCCCCCCACCCCUCUUACUUCUCCGUUCAUCUCUUCUCCUUCUAUGGAGACACCACCCGAUUCUGCCUCGGUUGCACACAGCUUCUCGGGCUCGAGAUCUAGAACUGCUCGCUCCCCGCUCUCGCUGCCCGUACCCGGUGCUGCGUCGUCGUCACUCGCCCUGUUCAAGGCUCGGCUACGCGCCGCUUUCGCUGGCGCGAACCCCAGAGUUUGUCUCGCGUUCUGGCUGUUUGGCUUGAUCAACAAUGUGCUCUACGUCAUCAUCCUCUCGGCGGCGCUCGACCUUGUCGGCCCGCUGCUGCCGAAAGCAAUCGUGCUCCUGGCCGACGUCGUCCCGUCGCUGUUCAUGAAGCUGAUCGCGCCGUACUUCAUCCACCUCGUGCCGUACCGGAUCCGCAUCCUGGCGCUCGUCGCCAUCUCCUUCGUGGGCAUGCAGAUGGUCGCGUGGCAGCCGACGCUUCCUGGACGCCUCUUCGGCGUUAUCCUGGCUUCAGUCUCGUCCGGCCUGGGAGAACUGUCGUUUCUGGGCAUGACACAUUACUAUGGCGAGUUCGCGGUGCCGUUCUGGGGGAGUGGGACGGGCGCCGCGGGGUUGCUCGGCGCGGGCAUGUACGUGUGUGCGACUAGUUGGAUGGGAUUGUCGGUCAAGGCUAGUAUCAUGACCUUUGGGUUCCUGCCGAUCGUGAUGCUCGUGGCCUUCUUUGUCGUGUUGCCGCAGGGCCCGCUGGUGGGGAAGCUCGGUGGGUACGAGCCGAUCAGUGAGCUCGACCGUGACGCGACUGAGGCCGAGAACGAGAACGAGGAGGAGGGGAGCCUCUUGACCUCGUCGAUGCAUUCCGCCGGCAGCCGCGCGUUUGCGGCACACAGCGCACAUAAGGGCGAUUUCUUUCACGAACUGGCCAUCAAACUGAGAAGGACGGGCAAGCUCUUCUUUCCCUACAUGCUUCCUCUCCUCCUCGUCUACAUUGCCGAAUACACCAUCAACCAGGGCGUCGCCCCCACGCUCCUCUACCCGCUCGAGGACAUGCCCUUCGCGAACUACCGCGACGCCUACCCAAUGUACGGCACGGUGUACCAAAUCGGCGUGUUCAUCUCUCGCAGCUCCACGCCGUUCAUCCGAGUGCACCACCUAUACCUGCCGAGCAUCUUGCAGAUCGUGAACCUCGCGCUCCUCACCGCGCACGCAAUGUUCAACUUCAUCCCCAGCAUAUGGAUCAUCUUUGCCAUCAUCUUCUGGGAGGGCAUACUGGGCGGGCUCGUGUAUGUCAACACGUUCGCAGAGAUCACGGACCAGUACCAGGGAGAGGAGAGGGAGUUCAGUCUCGGGGCUACGACGGUCUCGGAUUCCGCCGGCAUCUGUAUAGCGGGUCUCAUUGCCCUCGCGCUGGAACCCGCCCUGUGUACUUGGCAGGUAAACAGGGGGAGGGAGUUCUGUAGGUUGACUUAGUGAGGUAGAAUAAUGCCAUUACCGUACCGUAUGUAGAGUACUCGUGCAUGCAAACGCGGACUUGACAUCCGGCUCCUUCUUCGUUGUGGCGUCUCCUGCGCCUGAGGUUUACAUUACAUUACAUACAUUGCGAAAUCAUACAUGCUUGGAAAUGCCAGGCUUAUUAUGUAGAGUAUGCGGCCUGGCGAUCACCGCCAUUGAUGUGUCUUGUCAUGUCUUUCUUGUCUUGUCUUUCUCGCCACAACGGUCCGUGCACACACACAUACAUUCCGAGUGACAGUGCAGGAAUCGGUAUCUACGGUAUCUAUGCAACAGAAAUGUCCGUGCCGUGGGGGUCAUAGUAGUAGAGCACUUCAUUACAUGUCACGUGCGGCGGUUGUGCAGACAGGCGUGAGGGGAAAGUGCAUUCCGCAAGCAAAGUGCGUUUCCUGUUUGGCUGCAUGGCGGCACUUUUUGGAGCGCGGUCAAGGCGAGUCGACAGGCGAGCUGAGGAUCGG